AUGCGUCUCGCUACCAUUGCUAUAAGAUACUGUUCCUCAACGUCUAAAACAAGGCUGCUCUCGACGAAAACCCUCCCGUCUUCCUAUUUCAAUCACAUAUCAAAAAUAAUAUCUGAAAACAAGCCGCUAACCGAACAAGAUAAACCUAUCUUUAAAGAUUAUUGGGAACAUGCCUCUAACCAGUUUCCUAACUCCACGACAAUACUACAAGAUACAGAGCUACAGAAUUUCAACCGAUUUAUCAAAAACAAUAAGAAAAAUUCAUCCACCAUACGAGGUUUUUACAGAAGAGAGAUACUUCUCAACAAAGAAAACCUCCCACUUCUACAAUCCAUUGCUAGUAACCUAGAAGAUCCACUAGCUUUCUGCAUAAAGGACUCCCUCUCUACGAAAGACGUUGCAAUAGCCGCAGAUCUGUUCAUAUUGUACUAUCGAUUGUAUCCCAAUGAACCUCUAAACCAUGACUUAGCAUCGGAUAUAAUCUCAGCCAUGUCAUUUCAAAACCCAAGGCACGACCAGCUGCAUUUAACGAAAUUUCUACUAUUGAUCAGAUUAUUCAAGAAACAUAACGAGCAACUUCAAUUAACCACUGGCCAAGCUUCUAACAUAUCUAACAAAGCGCUAUCCAUGAAGGGUUCGCCUGCUCUGACAAAACACAUUCUCAUGGAAGUGAUGUACAAUUCCAAUAACUCGAAUAUGACCUCCAGGAGUGAAUCGAUCACUACGGCUUAUCAUAUAAUUGAAACCGACUUCAAAUCAAGAAAUGCUGCUGGUGUAUUUUUCGCCUGGAAGAAAAUAGAAAACCGUUACGAAAGCUUAGCAGAUCAUGAUCCAAGAAUCUUAUAUAUGGUUCUCAAGAUCUGCAUGAACAAUAAAAUCUACAAACAUGUUUGCAAAGACAUAAUAUCCCGGUUGCCACCAGAGUACUACAGUAACAAUUCCUUGAUUUUGCCCACAAUUAUAACAUACAUCGUUAGAGCUGGAAAUUUACAACAGGCGCAAGAACUUAUGGAUAAUGUCAACAAUAAUAUCCUACCAGAAAAUGUCCGGAACGUUUUUCAGACGAGAUCGUGCCUAUCGUCCUUGUUGAAGAUGCAUCUCAAAUUCAAUGACUCCCAAGGUGUUGAUCGUGUACUAAAACAGAUUCAUGAAGUUUUCGGUGAGCACUCCCAAGAGGAUUUCCAGGCAAUAGUGGCGCAUAUUUUAAAGAACAAGACAUUAGACAACAUUGUCAAAGCGGUAAAUUUGGUGUCCAAAAUACCUGAAACGAAAGCGCUCCUUGCAUAUGGAACCAUUAUCAAUACAAUAGUGGACUGGCAAAUCGCAUCCAAUGGGCGAUUCGAUAAAAAAUCUACGCAUAUCAUCAAUGAUCUCCUUACCAAGGCGCACCAAGUAGAUCCAAAGCAAAAAAGCACUUUAUGGUCCAUCUUAGCAUCAUUAUACAUCAAACGAUUAGUACAUUACAAGAAUUUUAAAAAAUCAUACGACUCGGAAAGGGAGACUCUAAACCUUGAUUUGGCCAAACUAAUAUUCCUCAAAAGUUGUUCCAAUUCUGGACAAACCUGUACGAUUAACCCCUUUGUCCAUUCCUCUCCUCAAAAUAUUGUUCUCAAAAUCACCAACAAAAAUAAGAUUAUACUGUUGAGAAAUAUUGCAUUAGGCGCCAUCAAAGGAUGCAGAAAGGACAUCUUCCUGUGGUGUUGCACUGAACUGUUCCACGGUGGGGUACCGAUAAAGGAACUGAUAUUAGAUUGGCAUGCAAUGUUUGACCACAGAUUUCGUUCGAUUGAAUCACUUGAAGAUAUUAAACUGAAAGAUAAACUAUCAAUUGCCGAUUUUCCAUUAAUAAAAAAUGCAUUAAAACAAUGA